GCUGCAUGCGGAGCAGAACGCAUCGCAUUCCGAUGUGAGCGAGAUGUAACCGCUGUGCGGACUUUUUCUGUCUCCAAAGCGUCUUCAGCCGCAUUUUGAAGGAAUAAAAUGUCCAGCGUGAUGGAGGCGAGCACUUGUCCCGACGGUUACCGGGCUUUAAGCGACUGUGAGCUGAGCGAGCUUUUACAAAACGACGACAAAAUGGAUCAAAUCAUUCGGCUCAAUGAGAAGUUUCAGGAGCUUCAGGUGGAGAGAGAGACACUGCUGACCUCCAAUCGAAGCCUGGCUGAGGAGAGUCUGGCUCGACGACCCCGACUUUGUAACGGCAAACUCCAGCUAGCGGAAAAAUACCGGGAACUGUCCAACCUGGCAACCACAUGCUGGGAAAAACAGAGUCAGCUUGAAGCUCGUGGCCAGAAGCACAGCCUGCAGACAGCGCAGAAUCUCCUGCAAGAAGAAGUGGCUCGAGCUGAGGAACAUUCAGAGGAGCUGCUGGAGAAGUUCAUGGAGGGAAACCUCAGCCUGGAUGAGUUUCUGGACUCCUUCCAAAGCUCCAGGAAGACCUACCAUAUCCGCCGGGCUCAAGCGGAGAAAAUGCAGGAGGUCAUUCAGGCCAAGCGGCAGACGGGGAAAACCAAACGGGUGGAGGAGAACAGAGUCCCUGAGGUGAAGAAGGACUCGGAGCAGCCUCAGGAGCCGCAGAGGCCUAACGGCUUUGUAGCGCAAGGACCGCUAAGAGUGUUCCAGGUACGCUACGGCCUCACACCAGCCAUCCUUCUCCCUCAUUACCCUGUUUCUCCUCCGGCCUCGGCUCCAAGCUUUCAAAGUAGUACCCCUCCGCCUGAUUCUCAACCAGGACAGACCCACAUCCUCAGCCCUAGUACCCCGCUCCCGGGGCACGGACAGCCAGUUGGCCUUAGGGUCAUCGGACAGUUACCGGGCGGCUGGCCUGCGAAUGGGCGGCCCGUGAGGGUGCAGCAGCUUUACAGGCCCAACCCUCAACAGCCUGAGCCACCAUACCGAUAAAGUGGAGGAUGAGGAGGAGGAAGAAGAGGGAGGAUGAUUAAAGCCGGUGUGAGAGGGCUUCCAAGACGUGGAACCAAACAGUGGCUGUCACAAUCAUGUAAGCAAAGACUGAUCCAGAGACAGGCAGCGCUGCAGACGUCCGUUUCUGUUCUCCAUCCAUGACACUCUAACGUACUCAGAGCAGAGACACCUGAGAGCAGGCAGCAGGUAAAGACAGACAGACAGAGAGGAGCAGGGAUGGGCUUCGAUAGCAGUUAUCUUUAGGCCCUACUGAAUCUCUUAUCAAACAUAUUAUUUAUCCUAACUUUAUUUCAUUUUUGAUAACUAAAAUGUAAAGACCAAACCAGUGGCAUAUUAUAUGAACUGCCACUGCCUUUACUGUGACAACACUGACAAUAAAGCAGAGAUGUUCGGGUUAAUCCAGGACGACAGUCGCCCCCUCUGACAGAUGAAGGUAGUCUGUGUUAAUAAGCGACUUAUAAAUAAAACAUCAGCGCUCCGCUUCUGACUUCCACUGGAUUUGAGAGGGAUUUGUGGAAUAGUACUACAUGCAAAUUUAAACCCGUGAAAUUCUGUGAUUUCCCUGCCUUUUAAUCAAAAGGCAUGUAUCAUUUGAUUUUAAUAUCAAAAACACGUAAUGCUGUAAAAGAGGGAUUCCUGUCAGGAUACGUUGCUCAGAGUUAAUAUGAGACGGGCAUGGUCCACCUUUGAUCCUGUGUAUGCAGAUGCUCAGCUUCUUGGCUGCUUAUCUAUUGCCAUGCUGCUCAAAAUUUAAUCAUGACAAUUUAAUAAUUAUGCAAAUAUUGAAAAAAAAAAAGAUUUUAUAAAGAAGAUGCUGUAUCAAGAAGGGAAGACAAGUGUAUGUAGCGAGGAGCAUCCAUGCAUAGAAGAAUUUGCUUUACAGAGUUAACAACACACCAUGUACCUUACCUCCAGCACCUGUCAAACUAAACAGAGCAGAUCGACCCAGAAAAGAGGGGACACAUGAAUGCUUAUAGCAUCUGAUCAAUUUCAAAAUAAAAGACACUGCCAAUCAUGUGUCCCAUUACUUUAUUAUUCUUAAGUCCAAACAGGAAGUAAAUGAGCAGUUUGUCAAUCUCUUAAAGGCAAGGUAACAUGAAUUUUUUGUGUUUAUUACCAUGUAAACUCUGCACACAGAUCCUAUGGGUGUUUGGGGCUACAGUGUUAUCAGGUGCUAAAGUCCCUCACUAUAACAGAGAUGUCCACCUAUCAAAUAUUAUGUAAAUAUUGUUGAUAUUAAAGAUUUUACCAAUUAUUUUAUUAUUAUCAUUUAUGUCACUAUUCACAAUGUUUUAUAACAUGUUUUACAUGGAUUAGCUUAACUAACAAUAGAAUCAAACAAGCGACAUUUUAGUGGCAGCUUUUUAAUGACCACCCACAUAUUUGAUUUGCCCAAGCUUCCUUUGUUGACUUUACAAGAUGAAAUAACACACAACACUGUGGCAGCGGAUAAAGGAUCAGUCUGGAACAGUUAAAAAUAAAGUUUCAUAAAGCUUCAUGCUGUCAUUUUUAGAAUGAAGCUCAACACUGGAGCAUUUCUGCCAAAUAAUACAACAAAAACAUGGAUAAACAUCUUAUGCCUUUACGUAUUCAAAUGUUUUUAUGAUUUUCUCAUUUGAAUCAAACUUGAUUACUAGAUUUUUUGCAUUUGAUAAAAAAGCUAUCGAACCCCAUCCCUGACAGACAUGAAAGUUGAAUAGUUAUAUCUAAUUUUAUUGUUAUUUUUAUUAUAACUUGUGUUUUAUGUGGAGAUAUGUGAAGCACAGGGUUGUGAAGCACACCAUCAGCUGCAAAAAAGAUAUCAUUGUUCAUUCAUACAACAGAGAAAAGCUUUGUGAGAUGCCAAGAGCCAAUUACAUAAAAGACGGCAUCAAUAAAGUGUUUAAUAUGAACUUUGAUUUGUUUUUAAUUUAUCAAAUACAACGGUGACAUUCAUACUCGGAACAUUUCCCGGGAUCAUGAAUGCUGAUAUUAGAUGACACAGAGAAGAGUUCAAAUGCAAACCAAACAGAGCGGGUGGUAUUUAUUAACAAUUCCCUCAGUAUAGCCUCUGAAUAUUAUUUGCAGUGUCAUGUAUGAGUCGCCUUCACAGGCGAUUACCCGGAGCCGCCUGCCUUCUUGUGUGAUUUCAUGAACACUGUUGGAGCUCAAACAAUUUAUUUAUUCAUGUAAAUCCUAUUUUAAAUGACUGACUUCAAAGCUUCUUGUUUACCGUGCUAAAUGAAGAGCUGCUUCUUCUUUCAAAGCAGCCAGUGUUUUUUAUUUUCCACCACCCCCGAACUGAGAUGCAGAGUGAGAGGAUUUUAAUCUCUAUGAGAAUGCCGGCGCUCUGCGGGUUCACAGUCAAACAUAAUGUGGUUUAGGAGGUUUCCUUUCUCAUUUCACUCUCCUUUUUUCUCAUUAUCCACCCCUCAGCAUUCAAAAGGAAACACCGCUGAUUGCUUUUCUUCCUGGUUCUGCUCAUAAACAAACAUUUUAUUCAUUAAUAACUCAUAAGUGCAUGCUUACAGUUCAACAAAGUUUACAUGAAAAUGCCUUUUUGAGGCCAGUGCCCAGUUACAUAAGGAUCUCUGUAAAGAUGGAUUUUCAGAGCACAUACGUUCAAAGUUUAAAUGAUUUUAAAGCACUGAUGAUUUCUUUAAGGUGAAAGGUUUUAUAGUGUCCUUAAAACUUUUCCCAUUUUAUUAAUGUCGUGCCAAAUAUUAGUAAACCAACGUGAUUUGACCUUUAAACAGUGAACCCUGUUUGUCAUGUUAGAUAAAAUCACUGUUUGCUGAGGAUAUUCUCUCCCCAAACUGGAGGAGUUUGGGUUGAAAUGUUUUUUCUCUAUUUUUCCUGCUUUAAAUCUUUAAUUUAGUUUCUUUCUUGUUCUACUUUUAUUAUUAUUUGAUGCCUUUGCCAUCAGGGUUUGCAAGCAUUCCGUCCCUUGCUAAAAUCCUUGAAUUUUAAGUCAAAUGUAAAUUUACUCUUCUGUUAUAAAGGUUUCUUUUAAAAAAUCCUUAAGCGGGUAAGGAGCAGUUCAGCAUCUCUGCUAAUGCACUUAUUUGAGAGAUAUCUGCAAAGACUAAAGACUCAUUUAUGCUCUAUUUAUGUCCGAUUAGCAAAUGGGUUCAUACGGAGCCUUCUGUCAUUACUAUGUUCAUUUCACCCUUAUCUCUGCACAUCAUCCAGAAACGUACAGAUAAGACCCAACAUAGUGAUACCACCAGAUAUCAUGGUGUCAAGCAGUGUAGCCAACACAAAAACUAAGACUACUUUAGAAAAGGUUGGAACUUUCAGAGAGAUGCUUGUUCAAGUUUAUUAGGCACUAAAAACAAAGUAUGAGAUGUUAGCUCGCCCAAGCAUAGGAACUGACAAUAACAAAACAGCUGCAGACAGGAAGUGAAUGUUAGUUUAAUGGAAGGAAACAUAAAGGAUGUGUGUGAGAAUAUGCGAGGUGAAGGCUAACUUGUUUAAAAAGGGUGCAUUUAUCCUCAUACAUAUAAGAAGCAUAAAUGAGCAUUUAUACUAGUUGUCUUUUCAGUAAAUGCAAAAACAAGAGUGUUGGCCUAGUGCAGCAUAAAGACUGGGAAAAGGGACAAAGUUAGCCCACAUCAACUCAAAGACUCAAAAACAACCACAGAAGAAACUGAAGUAUAAGAGGCAGUUUUUACAAUUUCAUACGCUGCUAACGUUUUGUGUCUCUUUUGACUAGUACUACACCCUGUUUAACUGAAAAAAGUGACUCAUAUGGCAAAAAGUGACUUUUGUGCUACAGUUUUUUUCUUUGGCUAUGCCUGUGAGAAAUAAUCCGUAGACAUAUCCUUCUCUUAGAGCACUGACCUCCACCUGUAGAGUGCAAGACACUCCUGUUGUAUCGUAAUGACAACAAUCGUGGGCAAUAGUACCUUCAAGUGUAUCUGAAUAAAGAGCAAAUAUUCAACAAUGUCUUUUACAGGAGACAACAUGUUGCACCAUUUCUUUGCAGGGUGCAGUGAUUUCCUGUAGUCUAUGCUGGUUGCCAGGCAGAAUUUUAUUGGUGAUGAUAGAGAAGUUUUUGUAUAGAUUGAACUGAAAAGAAAUAGCAUUUUCAUUUCUAAGCUGUAAAGUAGGGAUGUUCCUAGGCGACUAAUUUCAAAUCUGUUCAACCACAAUUUGUAAUUCUCUUUAGUUAACUAGUGAGUAGAAAACACUAAGAAAACAGUCAAAAUUGAGCACUAUUUAUUUAACUCGACAUCACAGCAUCAGUGCAUAAACUGAAUGUCUGAAUGGUUUUCUGUUAACUGGGGUUGUGGCUGAUGGUAGUAGUGCUAGCACCACCAGCCUUCAGGUUAGCAUCCACACAUGUGCUGAAUGUGGUUGAUCAUUGCAUUGGUUUUUUGUGUGUAUAAUUUUAACAUUCCCACAAACAACUUUAACUCCAUUUUCUAGUUCAAAAUAUAGCCAAACCAUGCUAUUCCUACAAGAUGCUAUCAAUGCUAUUUGUUUACAAUUGCUGUUUACAUCCUGGUAGUAGAGCAUUGUGGCAGCAUGGCAGUAGACAUUAACUGGAACAACAGCGACUACAAGAGGCAGGCAGCUGCUUUACAGUUUGGAUCUGGCAUUUGAACAGGAUCGAGACCUGAAUUAUUGGAAAUACUAAUAAUUGGACAAAGGGGAGGCAGAGGCAUUUCAAUUCAAGUGUUUAGCUUAUUCAUCCAGGGAUUCCUUGGAUCCUUAAAAUAUCUUAAAAGGUCUUAAAUUUGAUUUUGAAAACUUGAGGUCACAGAAUGCCUCAUUUAUACUUGUCAGAGGUCUUAGAUCUUGGAUGUCACUUGAAUGAGGCAUGUCUGAAUACUUAAUGAAAUCUACACAAGGUAAAUUAGAAGAAAUUUGGCCUUCAAAUGCAAAAGAUUACGAGGCUUUUUGCAAAAUAUCAGAACAAUGGUAAUCAAAAAUAAUGAAGUCUGCAUAAAUCCAAAAAGCACUGAUGCCAAUUGGCACAACAAAUAUACUAUUUUUUUAAAGGUCUUAGAAGUUUUAUAUUUAGUAAAUAUCUAGUAAGUGUGUCAAGCCCCACGUUUGCGGGCAGCCUGGGUUCAAGUCCGACCAAUGGCUCCUUUCCUGCAUGUUAUUCCCCUCUCUCUCUCACCAGUAUCUACCUCUUUAUAUAAGGGGAGAAAGCUCAAAAAUAUAUCUCUAAAGGUGCUUUCACACUAGGGGCCCGGUCCCGGAUCUGAGUGCACUUGAUCCCAAAGUCCGGUUCGUUUUAGUAGUAUAAUUUCAAACGAAAUAAAAAAAACAGUAUCAGUUAUCUUGUCCAUCAGUUAGCAAACAAGCAAAUAUUUCCUCAAAUGUUGGACUACUGCUUUGACUUUAAAUCUCUUUACCUUAGUAUCAAACCGAGGUCGUAACUGGUCACUGGCUUCAACCCAACAUCAGUUCUGUGUUCACUCAGGGUCUCAAAGAGACAGACUGUCGUGUCUCUUCUUAACCUAAAGCACAGAUGGACCCAGGGUGACGCUGAUUCCAGACUCAUGGGUGUCAUAUUGCCGCCUGCUUUAACAGGAGCGUGGCAGAGAGACUCCAACCAUAACUAAUGUGACACCGUAUCACCUCCACAUUCCUCUGUUGCAGUGAUGUUUGACCGAGUGAACGUUGUAGGAGUUAUCGCUGAAAUCCUGAGAGUGAUUCUGCUUUAGUAACGGUGUUGUCAGAAGAUUCCACCCUUAACAAACUCACUGAGAUGUAUUCAGGCCAGAUGAUUCAUGUGAGACUGGAUGCUUAUGUGUUUGAAAUAUUCUGAAAAUGUAAAGUGCUUGUUUCUGCGACUGUGGUUUGGUUUGUCUCGUCUUUUAUAUUGUGUGUCCGUUUCUAUUUAAGGAUUUAUCCCAGCAGCCUUCUUGAAAGUGAAAAUAUAAAGUCUUCAAGAUAAAUGGAUGAUGUUUUGGUAUUUAAACUGAAAUAAACUGCGUCCACUGGCUGAGCCAAACGGCAUCAAACAUUUGAGAUGAUUCGCAUCGCAGCAUCAGAGACGGAGGAGCCGUGGCUGCAGGCGUUCAAACCAGAUGAUUCUGAGCAAUGUCAAAGCCGAUCAGGGCUGCAGAGAGUGAAGACGAGCUAAUAAUAUCCAAGUCAAGUCAUUUCCAUCCCUCCGUCUCUGAGCUGAGCUGAUUCAGCUCAGCAGCUGCAGUACAGUACGAGUGAGUGGACGCACGUGGCUGUCAGAAACCCCUCGGACGGAAAAAAGGCACAGUCGAAGGGAGAAAAUGUCAACUUAGAGACGCUGAUCUUUGACCUGAUUCCACACUGAGGAGAAAAAAAAACACAUUACAGGAAGAUUUAACAUGUCCCCAGUCUUUCAACGCAUCUCUGACAUAUUCCCCCUCCUGGUCAUAUUAUGAGUGGCAGGUAUUCUCGGUUUGACCAUGGAUUUUAAUUCAAACUAACCUGCAGGAGUCUCUCAAACUGUUUAAAUAAUAAUUUGAUUUGGUAUCCACUAAAAGCUGGCUCUCAAAUAAGGAAAAAGCCAUGAAAUGGAGGUGUUAUGUUGCAGCUCAUUAAAGACAGCAACCCACAAGGUGUAUUUUCUUAAAAGUGGACCUUUUCUUUGGCUUAAAUGAGCACAAUUACAUUAGAACAGAGCAAAAAAAUAUGCUUUUAAAGGUUUUUAUAAAGCACUUCAAAAGGAGCUCAUCCAAAAGACCCUAAAUUACAAAAACAAGAUAACAAGAUUACAUUUUUGUUUGUGUUUUAACUAAUCUGCAGGAGUGUCAAGAAACCAUUCAGAAUAAAAAGAAGGUUUAGUACCCUGCACGCUGCAAAAAGUGAACUCUCAUGGUAAGGACGCAGCUAUUAAAUCAGAAAAAUAAUAUCAGUAAUAUGUUCCAAGAGAGCAUAAAAACCAGGAUUUCCAAGAUUUUCAUUAGAUGACUGAAAUAUAUCUCUCGUCAAAGGCCCAAAAUUCAUUAAAGAUGCUUUUGUUUUAUUUCCAACCAGCAUGAACCAAAUUCCUCAGUUUGAUUAGAAUAUUUAAAAAUAUUUUAUCUAUUCUAAUUUAAGAUGCACCUUUUAACCAGUUGUGCUAUGAUAAAUUCAACAGUUAAAAUAAGACAAUAUUCCUUACAGUUCCUGUGAGGAGGUUUGACUGGCUAAAAUAAAGCAAUAUUUAUACAGAUGACCUGCAAAAGCAAACAAGACCAUCAGCAAUUCAAUCAAUCAUUAUAAUUUUUGUUCAUUUUUUAAUACUUGUAAAAGUUUGUUUGUGGUAGAUGUCGGACCAAAGAAAUUAACAUGCUACAAAUUAACUCAAGACCCCACAGCAAAAGCUUUAAAGACCCUGUACAGUGAAAUCCAAAGUUUUUGUCUUAACACACUAGACAUGCUGGAAUAUUGCUGCAGUAAACAUUUAAAAACACUGAGAUCUACAUGUGGCUGAAUUCUGGAUUUAGACUGUUAGAAAGUUUUUCACCUCAUUCCUGGCUGGGUUU